UGGCAACACACAAAUGUCUAUGAGUUUGACCCCGAAGCUCGUGUCCCGAGCAGAAGGAGAGUGUGGUGUAGGGCCAGGCCCUUAGUUUUCGGUCUCCAUCCCGUUGUGUAAAAUGGGCACAUAAUAGAUAAUUAUCAGAACUGAAGAAAUUCGUUCUCAAGUGCGGUGUAUUCUGAACUUUCGUGUUGAAAAAAGUAUAUUGAAUAAAACAUGGCGAAUCCAAAUCGUGAAAGUGUUAGUACUCGUUUCUCCGAUAAUUAUGAAAUCAAAGAAGAACUCGGAAAAGGUGCUUUUUCAGUGGUGAAACGCGCAGUCCAAAAAGCAACAGGAUAUGAAUUUGCUGCCAAAAUAAUAAAUACUAAAAAGCUCUCGUCAAGAGAUUUUCAAAAGUUAGAAAGGGAAGCCCGGAUUUGCCGAAAAUUACAACAUCCGAACAUUGUUCGAUUACACGACUCCAUUCAAGAAGAACAUUAUCAUUAUCUCGUGUUUGAUUUAGUAACAGGUGGGGAAUUAUUCGAAGAUAUCGUGGCACGAGAAUUCUAUUCUGAAGCUGAUGCAUCUCACUGUAUUCAACAAAUUUUGGAAUCCGUGCACCAUUGCCAUCAUAAUGGUGUCGUUCAUAGAGAUUUAAAGCCUGAAAAUCUUUUAUUGGCAAGCAAAGCUAAGGGUGCCGCAGUAAAAUUAGCUGAUUUUGGAUUGGCUAUUGAAGUUCAAGGUGAUCAACAGGCUUGGUUCGGAUUUGCCGGUACUCCUGGCUAUCUAUCGCCGGAAGUGUUGAAAAAAGAGCCCUAUGGAAAACCAGUAGAUAUUUGGGCAUGUGGUGUAAUUUUAUAUAUAUUACUUGUGGGCUACCCACCGUUUUGGGAUGAAGAUCAACAUCGGUUAUAUGGCCAAAUCAAGGCCGGUGCUUAUGACUAUCCAUCACCUGAAUGGGAUACAGUAACUCCUGAGGCUAAGAGCCUUAUUAAUCAAAUGUUGACUGUAAAUCCAAGCAAGAGAAUUACAGCCUCCGAAGCAUUGAAACAUCCAUGGAUUUGCCACCGUGAGCGUGUUGCUUCAGUUAUGCACAGGCAAGAGACUGUAGACUGCUUGAAGAAGUUCAAUGCACGUCGCAAAUUAAAGGGCGCUAUAUUAACUACAAUGCUUGCAACCCGCAAUUUUUCUGGCAAAUCCAUGGUCAACAAAAAAGGAGAUGGAUCGCAAGUCAAGGAAUCGACAGAUAGCAGCACCACCUUGGAAGACGACGAUUUAGAUAAAGACAAGAAGGGUGUUGACCGGGCGUGCACAGUCAUAUCUAAAGAACACGACGAAGAAGGGCUGACUAAAGCAGAUUCAUUCGGAAAAGCUCGCGGUGACAGCAACGCAUCUUUACGUCGAGCUGAAGUUAUAAAAGUAACUGAAAUUCUGCUAGACGCUAUUAACAAUGGCGACUACGAUACUUACUCCAAACUUUGCGAUCCUCAUGUGACGUCAUUUGAUCCUGAUGCUCUUGGAAAUAUGAUCGAAGGUGUAGAAUUUCACAAAUUCUUUAUUGAUAAUACUCCCACACACGUGAAAACGAAUACUACAAUUAUAAAUCCUAGAGUACAUUUACUUGGAGAGGAUGUUGCUGUGAUAUGCUACGUGUGUGUUACACAGAGUGUGGAUGCCGAAGGUCGUCGUGCUACUAACCAAACACAAGAAACACGAAUCUGGCACAAACGCUACAAUAAGUGGACUGCAGUUCAUUUCCAUCGCUCCUAACUAGUCACUUCACAUAAAGGCUAUACGAUGUUUGAGGAAUUUGGUCUCAAAAAAGAAAGUUUAUGUAAUGGUGACGUCUUCAAAACUGUAAUAACUUUUCCUGACUAGCCAGAGAUCAUUAAAAUAAUUCCUUUUCAAACGAAUAAGAAUAAUAUAUUAAAAUCUUGAUAUCUAAUUCUGCUAUAAAACUUACACGAAUUUUACUAGUAAUUCUUUGUAAUCUCAAAGAAUUAAGUUAAUAUAGGUAAUCAAACAGUAAUAAACAAUUCAAUUCGCUAUUUCUUCUGUAACAAUCAAGUCCCAAAAUAAAGUUAAAAGUUUUUUGAAAAUGUGAUACCGUUAAAAUAUCCAUUGCUUAAUGCUAGUGAUAGGUACUGAUCUCGUUCAUGAUCGAAUAAUUUCAACGAAAUACGAUUAAAUAAAUCGUCGGUGGUCACUGAAAAAAAAAAGUAAUCUCCCAAAUACCGCAGAUCUGAUACUAUUGAAUCUACUUCAUAAAUAAGUACCUACCUAAAAAUCUGCAGAAUUUUUCAAUGUUUAGAAUUAUUAGCACAUUUCUCAAUAAGUCUCUCUACAUUUUUAACUAUGAAUGUUUUGUCGUGCUUAAAAAUGGUGUUCUAUUUGUUAUUGAAUACCUAGCUAAUAAGAUUAAGUAAGUAUCUAAAUAUUAAUGCAGUUAUUGGCACUACACGUGAACAUGAAAAUGAUGUAACUGUUGAUCCAGAUAUUUUUUACUAUUUAUUAUAUUAUGUACCUACUAUAUAAAAUGUUACCUACUUCAUUUCAAGUACAUACUACGUACCUACCUACCUAUUAGUAUAGUUCAUUUGUAAAUUUUUAAGUGAAUUAUAUCAAUUUUGUCAAUUUUAGAUUUUAAAGUUGUUAUCUUUACUGUGCUUUUGCUUUAAUUACUCAAAGUCAUGUAUGUAAGGGGUUGCUUGCAAUCAUGAAAUAUCUAACAUAUAACAUAUUAUAAUAUGGUUUGCAAAAAAUUGUUUGUUAUUGUCUAUAUCACUUUAAUCUUGAUAAUUUUGAUUAAACAUUUCUAAAGUGUUAACUGUGCAUAGGAAUGGACUGUAUUAAGAGACUCAAUUUUAUGAGAGGAGCUUUUGUCGAGUGAUAUUAAGUGUAUAAUGGUAAUUAUUGCACAGUUCCACUUACGAAGUGUGCUAAUGUAAGUCUGCAAGAAACUCAGUAUUUUCUAGAAGUAAAUUUAGAUAUAAAUGACAUUUACCAAUGUUUUUACAUUUUUGUAAAUGGUAGCAUAGUUAGCGAAACCUAAUUUAUAAAUAUAUACCUACUUCAAAAAUAAUUGGAAUUGUAAUUAUAAUAAAUUGCAUAAUAAUUAACUUGUUUGUGAUUGUGGUGAUAUAUCCACUGUAUGCAGAGUACAUAGUUGUGCCAUUACCAUUGAAUUUAGUGCCAAUAACUGUAAAAAAAGUAUUCUAGUCUUUAUUGUUAUGCAUAUUUAGUAUUUAAUCAAUGUUUUGAAUUUAUUUGAAAAAUUAUACAUAUUUACCUGAAAAACAUUACAUGUACAUAAUAUUAAUAUAUAGAAAUGAUUGGCACAUUGAAUGUCUGAGUGUGUUGUCAACAAAAACAAUUACCUACCUGUGUUGAAAAUAAGAAUAAUUUAAAUAUUUAUUAUAUUUACGCUAUUGUUUGUUUAAGUAUGUUACCUUUAUUAUUUUGAUUAUCAUUUGUGUUAAUAUUUAUUUCUGAAAUUAACAAUAGUUACAUAGGUACCUAUGAUUUUUUCUAGAUUAAUAUUUGGCACAGAAAAAGUAGAAUUGUAUUGCCGAUUUGGCGUCAAGUAUUAUGUCCGUUUAAUAUUCAUGAAAAUGUAAUGAUCAGUUUAAUAUUCAUGAAAAUGUAAUGAUCUUCAUACAUAUGUUAUUAUUUACAUCACAACUAGUGUAGUGUUACGUUAAGAUUGAAGUAUUCCUAAGGACCUUGUCCGGACAACAUUUACAUUGUUUUAACAAGUGUCUAUUAUAAUUAUAUUAACUAACUGAAUGGUUAAAUGAAAUUUACAUACUUAAUAUAUUUGCUUUUAUAUGACAUAUUAUAAUCAGGUACCUAUAUAAAAAUAUAACUAUUAUAAAUCUCAAGACCCAUAAAUUGUUAAAGGUUUUGUUUGUUACUAACUCGAAUAUUUAUGAAUAUAAUUACCUAUUAUACCAAUAUAGGGACUUCUCUAUUGUAAACUUAUUGAAUUGUAUCCUGCUAAAGUUAGUGUAAAAUUGUUUAAUAGAAUUUGUUUAUAAAUAAUGACAACAUAAUUAAUUCAAAAAUAUGUUGAGUUUAGAAGCUAAUAAGUAUAAUAUUAUAGUUGCACAAAUGUGUCAUGUACCUAAUAGUUAAUACAGUUUCCCACAGUUGAACUUCUUAAAAAUGCCUAUAGGUAAAUAACCGUUUGUCACAAUAUGGUGUCGUCUUCCUUUAACAGUGUUCCAAAAUAAAACUAAUUACAUUAGUUACGUUACUAAUUAUGCAUUACUCAAAAUAACAAUGCUGUUUAAAAAAAAACAUUUUAAAGACAACUCUCCAUUGUUAUAUUACACUUUCCCUGAUUGCACGCACUAACCUUCUGGCUUUGAAUAUUUAGGGGGGGCUUAUUUAAUACUUAAAAAUCAUUGUCUAUUGGCUGAAAUUAAUUAAAGAAAAAAUUUAACUAGUAAUGUUAGGUUUUGAUGAAAAAUAUGUACUUAUAGUUUAUUAUGUAAUUGAAGUUACCAUGUAAUAUGUAUUAUAAUUAAUACUAUAUGCACAGAAUGCACCUAGCUAAUUGAAACUGACCUUUAGUUACCUACAUAAAAACUGGAUAAAUAAACUCUUCCUACGGAUCAUCACAAUGUGGAUAAAUUUGUAGAAAAUAUGGGUGCUGUGCAAAAUGGUAUUAAAUUAAAAAAAAAAUUGUCUUAUAAUUAUAAAUUUUCUCAGCAAAAUCCUGUUUUUUUAAAUAGUUUUGACCAUUCAGCUAGAAAUUGGAUUGAGUUCAUAAUUUCAUACAGAUUGGAGCAUUCUGUGUUAGCAUAUGGUUCACUAAGCCUAUAAACAUUAUAUUAAAAUUAUUAUAGGAUGUACUUAAAUUGAGUGAAUAGUAAUAUUUAGUUUGAAUUAAAAUAAACAUCGCACCCCUGCCUAGUUAUAUGAGAUUGUUUUGUGGCAUAGCUAGGAUUUAACCAAGUAUUUCGUACUUUAAUGCACCACUAAAUUAUUUUAAAUUUAUCUCUUUAUUAUGAUUAUGAUGGUGGUUUGAUGUAGCAUAAUAAAUUGAAAAUGUGGAAGUGUAGGUGUAUUAAAACAUUUGUCAGUGUAUUUCUAUUUGAAAUUAUUUCUUAAUAAAACCUCUGCAUUGCCGAUUAUAAUGUAACAUUCUCUAAAAUAAAGUUUUUUUGAUCUACAA